UUGGUGUAAACUUUUGGAUAAUACAGAGAAUUAAAACUAAAAACAAUAAAAAAAUAAAUAAAUAAAAAUUAUUUUGUGAUGCUCUGCUGAGAUGUGGAGGUCCCGCCCACUUUGUUCACCGAUUGGCUGCUGCCUUUCGAGCUCCGCAGCUGAUUGGCUUAUUCCGCUUCCCUGUGCGUUUGAGCGGAGUGAGGAGAAAAGAAAGGAAAGAGGUUUUUGUUAAAGAAGAAAUGUGUUUUAGUGGAUCGAACCGAGUCCAGUUGAUCUGAUUCUGCCAUGAGAAGAGUCACUCUGUUUGUCAACGGAACCUCCGCGAAUGGAAAGGUGGUGGCCGUGUACGGGUCCCUGGAGGACCUGCUGUCCGUGGCCAGCUCCAAACUGGGAGUAAGAGCCUCUAGUGUUUAUAACGGGAACGGCGGCCUCAUAGACGACAUCACGUUAAUCAGAGACGAUGACGUGCUGUACAUCUCAGAGGGAGAGUCGUUUGAAGAUCCUCAGGACGAGCUCAGCGGCCCUGAGAGGAGUCAGACACACACCGACUGGCUGACGCUCAACGUCGGCGGACGCUGCUUCACCACCACCAGGAGCACGCUGGUCAGUAAAGAGCCUGAGAGUAUGCUGGCCCACAUGUUCAGAGAGAAAGAUGUGUGGGGGAACAAGCAGGACUCUCAGGGGGCGUACCUGAUAGAUCGCAGUCCGGACUACUUUGAACCCAUUCUGAAUUACCUGAGACACGGACAGCUCAUCAUCAAUGAAGGCAUCAACCCUCUGGGUGUGCUGGAGGAGGCUCGUUUCUUUGGCAUCGAACAGCUCGCGGAACAGUUGGAGACCCUCAUCAAGUCCACUCAGCCUCCUGACGAUCACUCCCCUCUGACCCGCAAGGAGUUCAUCAGAUUCCUGUUGGCCACGACGACCAAGUCAGAGCUGCGAUGUCAGGGUCUGAACUUUAACGGUGCAGAUCUGUCUCGUCUGGAUCUGCGCUACAUCAACUUUAAGAUGGCGAACCUGAGAGGAGCCAACCUGACACACGCCAACCUGAGCGGGGCGAACCUGGAGCGAGCCGACCUGUCCAUGGCCUGCCUCGAUGCUGCCAACCUGCAGGGUGUGAAGAUGCUGUGCACCAACGCUGAAGGAGCGUCGCUGAGAGGAUGUAACUUUGAAGAUCCUGCUGGAAUCAAAGCCAACCUGGAGGGAGCCAACCUGAAAGGUGUGGACAUGGAGGGCAGUCAGAUGACGGGGAUCAACCUGAGAGUCGCCACACUGAAAAACGCCAAACUGAAGAACUGUAACCUGAGAGGAGCCACGCUGGCAGGGACGGACCUGGAGAACUGCGACCUGUCGGGAUGCGACCUUCAGGAGGCGAACCUGAGAGGCUCCAACGUGAAGGGAGCCAUCUUCGAGGAGAUGCUGACUCCUCUGCACAUGUCUCAGAGUGUGCGGUGAAACUCUGACGUCUUCCAUACAGUGCUUUAAAUCACAACAUACAUACACUCCCGGCGGAGAGGAGCCUCAGUACAGGUGACACACGUGUGUUUCAUGAUCCGACAUCGACAUUUCCACAAACAAACACAGGUAGAUAGAAUGUGUCUCAAAAUGUCUAUAAGCAACUCAACCUUUGUUCUACAUGUGGUUGAGUUAUGCGCUCACAUUAUCCCGAAUGUUUACAUCAGUGUUCAAACCAGAGAAAUCCAUAAGUUUAUACAAAGUAAGGGUGCGUUUCAUUUGCUCACCUGUUGCUAGAACAUCCAGGAUUUAGAGAACAAAACAUGACGUAAAUAAAUCUUUAAAACAGCUCGUCUAGAGAACAUUUGUGCCACAGUCAUGUCUGAUACAUUUACAUCAGUAAUGGCAGUUUAAAGUUUCAGAGAAUAAAUUCAAACUCAGCUGGUUCUGGUUCUCUGUAACGUUUUAUUAAUGAAGUAAAGUAAAUUUCCCCUCCAGCUCCGGAUCACUGCUGCAGUCGGGCUGAUCAGCAGGACUGAAGAGAAAUCACCUUUUUAAUCCCACAAGUCACAAAGUCGUCUCUGAGCUCUGCUCCUGUUGGAUCAGAACAGACUCCAGGUGUUUAUUCCUCCAGAACAUCUGGAUCUGUAGAGAGACUUUUAGUAAAUAGUUUAAUAAAUACAAUAAAAUCCUCUAAAUAUUUAUUCACAGAAUGUAAAUCAUAGUAAAUAAGGAAUUCACUUAAAUAUACAAAAAGAAUACAGAUAUUUGUUGAGUGUGUUGGUUUGUGGAUCAGAUGAUGAGUUUGGAAUCAUCACACACACACACACACACAUUAGUAAAUGUUGGCAGCAGUGGAUCAUGAAACUCGCAGCUCUCAGCAGCACUGACACAGUUCGUCUCUCGUCUCCCUCCGAUGACGACAGCUGAAUGCCAAACUUCUUCUUUCGCUCUGAAACCAAACACUUCGAUUUUUCUACUCAUUUCUAUAAACUUGCCGCAGACGGAAGCAGCUGUGUGACGUUUAGUUUGACGCGUCUCUGUGUCUUCACAACGUGUGUUUGGAUGUUUGUCAGGAGGUGAUCGACGGGCUUUUGAAUGUAGGUUUGAUUGUUAAUAAAAGUCGUCCACCUUUAGCACAAGUUAUGAUGUUGACGAGCCUUUAAAACGCUUCUUUCAAAUGUAUUUUAAUCUUAUCAACUCUGACUGCAAUCGUUCUGAUCAGAUUAACUGUUUACACAGACGCCAAAUUAAGUGAUCUGAUAUGUUUACAUGAAUCUGUCUAAUCUGCUGGAAAUGUAACAGAAGAAAUUGUUUUUUUCCCAAUUAUUAUUCUUUUUCUUUCACAGAAAAUUUAGUUCCUUCAUUAAUUUGCUUCAAUGUUUUUUUGAGCUCUCCGUCCGUCUGUCCGGGGAAAAAUAUUAUCGUUUGUUGUUCGAUGGAUUCUUUGACAAGCUGUCGUCUUUUCAAACUGCGUCUCUUCUUUUUCUUUUGCACAGAAUGAAACAAACACCAGAGUGUUUAUCAAAUGUGGUUAGUUUCCUUUAUCGACAUGUCUUCAGUGUCCUCCAGCUGCUGGUGAAGGAAAUGAUUUCAGUUUUCUGACCAGGUGUUAAAUAUCUUCAGUCUGUGUUGAGUCAUGUGUCCACCUCCAUCUUAUUACCUCUGACAGCUGCUUCUGACGUCGGUCCUGCUUGUUGUCUGUCGUGAUAUUCAGCAGUUCAAAUGUCGAGUCACAUAAUGUGUUUAAAUGGACCGUAGAGAACAAACCUGGUGAACUAGAUUAAAUCAGUUGUAUUGUAGAAAUGUUUAAACACGUUGGAGCUUCACAGUGACUCUGUUGUUUUCAUACAUGUUGUUUUAUCGUCACAGGAAAUGUAUAUUGUAGUAAAUGUGACGUCCUACUGAACGAUGGUCUGUUUACUGUGACACAUUCAUGUGAUCUGGUUUUCAAUGUGAAACCAUCGAGGUGCUGAACCUGAACGUCUCUCCUGCUGUCACAACGUUAUAAGAUAAAAUAAAACGUUUUCUGAAAAAUC